AUGUCUACAAUUGAUUUGUUUGGAAAUCGUAACCCGAUUUUCAACUACAUGCCAAAUCCUGGCCACAUUGACCCAUCGCUUCUUGAUCAACGCGAAAAAUACACGGAUCUCCGAGAGGAGGAAGGUUGGUGGCACUUGUUUCCCUAUGGGCCACUCUACAACGAUGCGAAUCUACUGAACAAACCUCAUCACGAUCGUCAAAUCGAUUUCGACUUCGAUUUUCCUUUCUAUGGAUUUCGAUUCAAUUACACCAUGAUUUACCCGAACGGACUGCUUGCUUUCUCCGAUCCAGAGUUUAUUCAGCCGCCAUACACUUUUCCGAAUCCUCGAUGGCCAGAACAAAAGGAUGCAUCGUUUAUUGCAGCAUUUUAUGCUGAUCAAAUUUUUCAAUUCGUUGGUGAACGUGGAAUUUCAAAUGUGUGGUAU